AUGAAAAUAAAGAUCGCAUUGAACUCCGCCCCUGAAUCGCAAGGUGCCAACAACCUGGAGGAGAUUGUAUCAAAGCUUCAGGCAAAAGUGGAAGAACUCGCAAAGGACAGCGCGAAAAUGGAAGAACUGGAAAGGGACAACGCGCAACUAAAGCUCGAGAUAGCAGAACUGAAGCUCGACAACAAAAAUCUGAAAUCUCGACUGGAAAACACGGUGGAAGACAGGGACUAUGAUGGAGAGAGGUAUGACUGCUUUUCGACGGCUCUCUACGACGGAGAGAUUCAGUAUGCAUGGUGGGAGGACCGCCACGGCGACCCUCAAUAUUACUGGGAUGGCUCACAUGCCGGGGAGCACAUGUGUAACUGUGGUCUUACUGGUAACUGCGUCGACCCAACCUUUUCUUGCAACUGCGAUGCAGAAGCCCCCCAGUGGGAAUACGACGCUUGCACUAUCAUCAACAGAACAGCCUUGCCCAUCACAGAGUUGCGAUUCGGAGGGCUCCUGUUUGAUGCCCAGAAGGCGAAUCACACUCUAGGUGCACUGGUCUGCAAGGGACGUGCGUCGCUGGACAAUCCAGCAGGAUCAUGCUCAUCUCUUCGCCAAGCUGGACACAUUCGCACCGGUUAUUACCUAAUCAGAACUAAAAAGGGACGGUUGGAUGUCGUCCUCUGUAGGAUGGACUUGGAAGACACGGAUGUGGAGUUCCAGCGAGACACCGGUGCCCGCAUCGUCGAGGAAGGCGUUUAUUUCGAUGCCUAUCGCACCAGCACAUGGACGAGUAUAAGCACAAUGCAAUUCCAGGGAACCGAGGUGAACAUAGGCGAUGCAAUGGCACCAAGCUCCGGGAUUUUCACUGCACCCCUUGACGGCAUUUACGCGUUCCACAUCCACUUCUGGACCGACACAGAAACAACGGUAACUCUCAGGAAAAAUGAAGAAACCAAAGCAGCAACGCACGCUAAUGACGUUUACGGCGCGGAAGACGCCCAGACGCCUGGUCAAUCUGUCCUCCUUCAACUCAGCGCGGGCGACAAGGUUACCGUCUAUUUGAACGAUGGAGAAGUGCUCUCAAAUUCAAAUCGCUACACCCAUUUUGUGGGGUAUUUGUUGUAUCCGAUGUAGGAUGCCUGUUGAAAUGAUACACUCGGUCAUGGCAAUGUGCUAAGUGCCUUCAAUUCCAACAGGCUUUUUUUCUCCAUUAACAUCCAGAAAUAAAAUUUAACAUAUAGAGUGAAAAUAGAC